GAACUUUUGUGUAAUAUGGGUAUUGACAUGAAAUUUCAGUCGGAAUGGCAACAGCUCCUUCGCAUUACAAUGGACCUCCCAUGCUUAAGUGAAGAUGUGUCAGUACCUCUUACCUCAUCAUGGAAGGAAGUGAGUGAUCUCCUUAAAGCUCUGGAGCUUAUGUAUCCUUCAAAGAAGAAGGUUGUCAUUGUGUUUCACAAUAAAGCCAGAAACUCUAUACUGCAGUUCUAUGAGAAACUCCUGAGUGGUGGAAAGUUCAUUGGGGAAGAAGGAAACCUCGUUUUGCAUUGUGGAAAAGGAGAGGCAUUGAAAGCUGUCCAGAAAAGAAAGAUUUCAGUAACUGGGGUUGAGAACAGGAAAGAGAUGUUCCGUCAGUGCAACCGGAUUGUUCGGGACUAA